AUGGCGACGGGCAAAGCAGCGCGCAUGCCGAGCCUGAUCUAUGGCACGGCAUGGAAAGCUGACGGCACCAGAGUGUUGGUCGAGCAGGCCAUCUCCAACGGCUUUCGCGGUAUCGAUACUGCCGCACAGCCAAAGCACUAUCAGGAACACCUGGUAGGCGCGGGCAUCCGUGACGCCAUCGAAGCUGGAAAGACGCGCCGUGAAGAUCUCUACCUGCAGACCAAGUACACUUCAGUCUCGGGGCAAGAUCCCAGACAGAUGCCGUACGAUCCCAAAAGCAGUCUCGCCGAUCAAGUGAAUGCGUCGGUGGCAAGCUCGCUGCAUAACCUUCGACAUAAUACCGGACACGCAUCGAGCCCAGCUUACCUCGAUUGUCUUGUUCUCCACUCUCCACUUUCCACCAUGGCGAGGACGCAGGAGGCGUGGAGAGCGAUGGAGACGCAUGUUCCUCACGCCGUCAGGACGCUCGGCAUUUCGAACUGCUAUGACCUACCCGUGUUACAGGCCCUUUACGACUCAGCGACUGUGAAACCGUCGGUGGUUCAGAAUCGCUUCUACGCCGACACUGCCUACGAUCCUGACAUCAGACAUUUCUGCAACGAAAAGGGAGUCGUCUACCAAACCUUCUGGACUCUGACGGCAAACCCACGACUGCUGAAAUCGGAGCCUGUUGCGUUCGUUGCAGAUCGUGUGAACGUGAGUAGAGCUGUCGCUCUCUACGCCUUGGUGCUGGGUCUGGGCAAUGUGCGAAUCCUCAAUGGCACCAAGAAUCCCAGCACCAUGGCAGAAGACCUGGCUGGUGUGGAAGCGGUGAAAGGGUGGAGUGCCACGCAGAGGAGCGAUUGGGACAAGGCGCUGGAAGCAUUCACGUCUUUGCUACGAUGA